AUGCCCAGCAAAAAGAGCCCCAUAGCAUGGAAGGAAGUUUGCAAACCUAUAGAAAAGGGUGGACUACACAUCAUUGAUUUGGAUGUUUGGAAUAAAGUCACAAUGCUCAAGUUGCUAUGGGACUUGAGGAAGAAAACUGAUAGCUUAUGGGUCCUUUGGAUGCACUCUUACUAUAUAAGAGAUCAGGAUGUCAUGGAGAUGGAGCUGAAACACGACUCCUCUUGGAUAGUGAAGGGAAUUCUGAAAGCUAGAGCUGUAAUCCCUGUGAUCCUCAACACUUGGAAUCAAACCCUACACGAGAGCAAAUUCAGGAUGGGCAAAAUCUACAGGGAUCUGAAUAGAAAUUACACUAAUGUGAGCUGGUCUGUUCUUUUUGCAGGAAAUAUAGCCAGGCCUCGAGCACUCUAUUGUCUUUGGCUUGCUUGUCACAAAAGGCUGGCCACUAGAGAAAGACUUGCAAAGUUUGGUCUCAUCAAUGAUACCAAUUGCUGCUUCUGCAACCAUAAUGAAACUAUGGAGCAUCUGUUUUAUGGUUGUAGUACCAUGAAGAACAUAUGGUCUGAAAUCUUGGAUUGGCUUCACAUAGGGCAUACGCCUCUUGAGUGGUCACAAGAGCUACAAUGGCUUACCAGGAGUGGAAAGGGGAAGGGUAUCAAAGUGGGUAUACUAAAGAUGGCUGCUGCUGAGUGUGUGUACCAAUGCUGGCGUUUCCGUAAUGAUGUAUGCUUUGGCAAUAUCCAUGAUAUAGGAAAAGUUGUACAUAAUAUUAAAGAAGCUAUCAUUCAUAGAGGAUGGAGCUAUAGGAAAUACAAGGAGUUUAUUGCUAGGAAUUUGAUGUUAUAG